AUGCUUCGACGCCAGCUAAGCAGUCUAUCCGGACGAAUAAAUUCGAUUCCAAUGGCUCCUCCAGACAAGAUUUUGGGUCUUACAGAGCAAUUCAACGCUGACAAGAAUGAUAAUAAGACAAACCUGACGGUGGGUAUUUAUAAAGACAACUGGGGUCAAGUUACCACGAUGCCAAGCGUCGCGAGGGCCCAAGCGAUGCUGGAUCAGAGUUUCGAGAUGAAUACAGAUCUGUCAUAUUUGCCAAUCAAGGGCUGUCCCGAUUUCCGAGAAAAUGUUCUGCGGUUUCUGUACCGCGAAAGCUGCCCACAAGGCGUGGAGCUGCUAAACCAGGAACGAAUCAGCUUCGUGCAAACACUCUCCGGAACCGGAGCGCUAGCCGUGGCGUCAAAAUUCUUGUCAUUGUUUAUGUCCCACACAGUGUGGUUUCCUAACCCAUCGUGGCCCAACCACGCCAACGUCUUCCAAAUCAACGGGUUCAAAAAUAUCAACCACUACACUUAUUACAAAGACGGCCAACUGGACGUUGACGGCUGGAUCUCGGACUUGGAAAAAGCUGCCAAGUCUACCAACGACAGUUUCCCACCUUGCAUAGUGCUGCAUGCAUGUUGCCAUAACCCUACUGGGCUUGACCCGACGCUAGAACAGUGGAAACGCAUUAUGGACAAGAUUCACGAACUCAAAAUGAUCCCCAUCAUAGAUAUGGCUUACCAGGGUCUAGACACGGGCGACGUGUAUAAGGACGCAUAUUUGCUGCGUUUGAGCUUGGAUGAAAGUCGAUACCAGUGGUCAAAUGGACUUUUUCUAUGUCAGUCAUUUGCCAAAAAUAUGGGUCUGUACGGAGAACGAGUGGGCUCCCUUUCUGUAGUCACAUCAAGGGGAGCCGAAGAAAAGCGCAGCGUGGACUCCCAGCUCAAAAAAAUAGUACGCGGCAUGUACUCUUCACCUCCUGGUUACGGUUCAAGGGUAGCCAACAUCGUCCUGUCCAACCCACACUUGAAGAAUCUGUGGUUUCAGGACGUGGAAAAUAUCGCGAAGAGACUACAAUCUGUCAAAGCCAAAAUGGCAGAGCGUUUGAACUGGGAUUCUCUUCAAGAUCCAACCCGCCAGCAUGGAAUGUUUCUCUACACCGGAUUGAAUGCCUCGGAGGUCAACACCUUGAGGGAAGACUCCUCUAUCUAUCUAGUCCAGGAUGGUCGGCUUUCUUUGAGUGGUUUGAAUGACUCCAACAUAGACUAUGUUUGCGACGCAUUGCGCAAACUUGAAAAAUGA